AAAAAAAAUGAAAAUUAAUAUUGGCUCCACCUCCUUGCCAAAGGACGUUAUUGUUCAUGAUGUCCCUCACCACACUCCAGUCUCUGUCUUUGCUGGAGAAGUUGCUAAAUCAUCAUCUGUUUCAUCUGUUUCUGGUUCCCGUCUUCCAGUCUAUGCUUUGCAAGGAAAGUCAUUGUACCCAAAGCACUAUUUUGGAUUUUUGAAGAACGCUACAGCUGUCUGGACUCCUAGAGCUAAGUCUGGUGCUUUCUGGGGUGUUUCAUUAGGUUUCUGGGCUUGGUACGCUUUGCUCCCACACUCCAACAUGGUCUUGAGAAGAGUCUUCCUCGGAGAAGUUGCUGAAGAUUAAAUUGGAUUUUUCAUCAUAAACACAAUAAUAACAACAUUUUAACGUACAAGAUGAACAAACUUUUGACGAUAUUACAUUGGGUGUAAAACAAUCUCACAAGUAAAAUUAAAAUACAAAUUUAUUU